AUGUCGAAUAAGAAUUGUCUGAAUAAUUGUGGAUAUCAUGAUGAAGAUGAUGUCGAUAAUAUCGAUUAUUUAUCUGAAGCUUGUUCUCAAUUGGUUGUUGAUGAAAGAUCGAAUGAUUUAGAUUCAAUGACAAGUCAAAGAAUACAUGAAUUGAUAUUACGUCAACCUCAUAUUCAUUAUUCAUCAAUUAUUGUCGAUGAAUCUAAUAUUUUCAUGGGAGGAGUUCAUCCUAGUACAGAAGAUUCGCCAUAUAAUUAUGUUUUUGCUGCGAAUCGCGAUGAACAAUCCAAUGAUCGAAUUACACAUCCAUCGGAUACUUUUAGUAAUAUGUCGAUCAAUCCUCCAAAUUUUGCAGCUAUUCAUUAUAUUAUUAUCAAUGAUGAAAAUGAUGCAUUUAAUGAAGAUGCAACAAAUUUAAAUGAGAUUGUUACUACUGAAGAUAUGAAUUUAACAAUAAAUCAUGAAUAUAAUAACCAAACGAUUGUGAGAGAAAGUACAGGAAUAGCAGCAACAGAUGAAUUAAUGGAUGAUGUCAAUUCAACUACUUCUGCUGAUGCUGCAGAUAAUAAUUAUUCAAAUAUUAAUAAUGAUGACGAGCAAAUGAUGGAAUAUGAUAAUACUGUUCAAACUGAACAAGAAGAGAAUUUCUACAGUGAUACUGAUGAGGAAGGUCAAGUAUUACCACGUUCAGAAAAUACUAAUCAUCAUACAAUUCAAGAUAAUAUACAAUCAAAUAUACCAACAGCUAUUAUUCUUACAUCAUCCGGCGCCACAACAACAUUAAUGAAUGGUAUUGAUAAUUUCUUUCUUUUUCUUUUUAGUGAUAAAAUAUUUGCAUUUUGUUUUCUGUUUCAUAAAGAUUCAUCUGAACAAGCAGAAGAUGUCGAAUCCAUCCUAGGUGGACCCACCGAUAAUAAUCAUCAUACAUUCGAGAAUCCUGAUCGUCUAUUGUCUAUUGAUGCUGAUGUAUCUCAAUUAAAUGCACGUACUCAUAAACAUAGUAAUCGAUUGGAUUCAACUACAAAUCCCGGUGAAGAACAACGUGCUUUAUAA